AUGGGGGCCCUCCGAACGGUUGCUCUUGUCAUCUUGAGCAUCUCGGCCUUCGUUUUCGUGGCACUUUUCGGCCGUUUACCAGUUUUUAGAAAAACUCCGAUUGCCUUCCUCUAUCGACUGUUAUGGGUCUACCUUCCCAAUGGAAUCGCCUGGAUCGACUCCCGUCUACUUGGUGGAUGGCUAGUCCGAGCAUGGAGCCGCUCUGGUAGCUAUAUCUUGCACGAGAACCAUCCUUUGGUACUUAUGUUUUUCAUCGGCUUGCUUAUGAUAGGCGAGGGCUUCUUCUUACCGGUGGCAUGGCCUCGGAUGUCCAGUACUCAUCAUUUCUGGGUCCCUGGCGUCGUUAUCUUACCAUAUGUACUUCUGUACAAGUCCGUGGUCACCAAACCAUUCGUGACUUCAGAAAACCACGCAGAAGAGAUGAAACGCUACCCCUAUGACCGUGUUCUCUUCCACCCUGGACAUCUAUGUUCAACCUGCGAGUUUCUCAAGCCUGCACGCAGUAAGCACUGCAGUUUAUGCCAGGCUUGUGUUUCUCGACAUGAUCAUCAUUGUGUGUGGCUGAUGAAUUGCGUUGGAGCCAACAAUUACAAGUACUUCUUAUCGCUUCUUCUCGCCGUGUCGAUACUGCUGAUCUAUGGUACCUUGCUCGGCUACUCCCUUCUGUGGCAAACCUUGCGAGAAAUCGUUCCGCUGGAUGUACAGGCAGCUAUGAAGAGUUGGUCAAUGUACCUCCACGUCUGGUCAAUCGUGAUCACCAGAGACCCCAAAAUUGGAACGGUCACACUACUGAUGCUCAUGACGGCCCCGUUGGCCGUUGCCUUCUUGGCUUAUCAUACGUACCUUAUCUGGGCUGGUAUGACGACCAACGAGAGUGCUAAAUGGGCCGACUGGAAGGAAGAUGUGGCAGAUGGAUUCGUUUUCAAGGCCAAGCGGAGUCAGAUUCAGGGUGCACCUUCACAUGUGGAUCUCAGUGACCACCCGUGGCCAGUGCAAAGCGACCAGAUCCUGGUCACAGGUGGCCAGCCACCAUUGGCAGGCUAUAUUCUGGAGGAUACCUCUAAUCGAGUCUCAUACCGUGGUGAUCCCAAUCAGUCCAGGCCGAUCGACCCGCAGUGGGUUGAACUACAUAGCAUAAGAGACCUAGACAACCUCUAUGACAUGGGGUUUCGAAGAAACCUAAAAGAUGCUCUGGGGCUAAAUCCAUUAUGUACUCCAGCGGAGCUCAUGCUGAAGGUGAUCCUGGCAGGAACCUUGAGCCACUAUGAGACACGCGGUAUGAUCGAUGACAAACGCCUGGAGCACAUGCUCGCUGCUGGAAAGCAGAUCCUGUACAAGACGCACCAGGAAAGCGAAGUUCGACACAAUCUCGGCAUGUCUCCGGACAUCUGGACGGGACUCACAGAUGUUCUCACCAAGGCCAUCCCGGUCCUUGAAUCUCAGUCAUUCGCAUGGAAGAGUCCAAGGGCAGCACUGGAACAUUCUUCCUCAAACCUCAUUGCAUACAACUAUUUUUCGUUAGUCAAGGAUAUCGAGCGUCUCAACGACCUGUGCACCAUCGCGCGGAACCUGCUUGCGACAACCAAAAAAGCGCAGAACCUGGCCGCUGAGAAGGGCUUCGACCAGCGAAUUCUCGCGCUGAUUGAUACGUGUGUGCGGGUUACAGCAAGGGGAUUCGAUGGCGAAACAAAUCCACGAAACGAGGAGCGAUGGCAAAAAGUGGUGAACCUGUACAAGCGGCUUCUUAUCACCUGUCUCCAAUACCUCCACAACUUCAUCAUGCACAAUGAACACCGAAAGAUGGUGCUGUGGUUGGAUCUCUUCGGCUAUCACUCAACUGCCGACACAAACAUCAUCCAACCCAAAGAAGCUUUGGACUCUACGGCUCGGAUUGAAGGAGUUGCGCCGAUUGUCAAGAUCGGAGAACGGGUCAUCAACCCUCCAAUUCGAGCACUCUAUGAUCAGACCGCCGAAGAUCUGCUUCUAGAGACUAUUGCAAAGUUCCCGCGCGAGCCAUCUACCAUCAAGGAAGAAGCUGCCAUGCUGCUUCUUGCGAACAUCAAGGAUCACAUGGAAAAGAUCCUGGGACGAGACUUGACCGAUAUCCAAGAGAUGGGCCGAGACCCUGAGCAAGUCAAGUACAUCCGGGCUGCUUUGACUUCCAUCCUGGGAGCCAAGGUUGAUGGGUGGUCAGAUCUACAGGAGAGAGCUCGUGAAUUACCUCCUGCUCUCCCAGAAGAGGAAGAGCACGAGGCUACCAAGAAGAAGACGAUUCUUACGAUUGAUCGCAGUAUGACGGCUGGCUUCCCGCGACUGUGCUGGGCGGAUCUACCCGAAGUAAACGACUACUCGGUAGAUGCGCCCGUGACGGAGGAUGAUACUAGCAUGCCUCGAUCGUCUCAGUCUGCAGCUGAGACACUACAGGAGGCCAAGGACGAAUUGAUGGCCCGGCUGCAAGAAGCUUCCCAGAUUGGCGACGAUGGCGCAGAUUACGAUCACGGCGACGCAGGAACCGUAGGUGAAGAUGAUGCUCACAGCCUGGAGGGCCACGCGGACGGGAGUGUCGAUGAGGAUGAUGAAGAGGACGGUGAUGAUAUUGACCGAGGUGAUGAUGGUGAAGAUUUAGACGAUGACGAAGAUGAUGAUGACUAUCGUGGUCGCCCUGGCGAUCAACAGCGCGGCCUCCUGACUGAUAUUCCCCUUGUGCUGGGACCUGCCGAAAUUGAAGCCCUACCAAUGAUCAUACAGGCGGGUAUCGUCGACAGUUUCGGACUCAAGGGUGGUGAGCGAAAUGGCUCACGUAACAUGCAAGCCCUCCGAUGCCAUAUCCUUCUCACCCAGGAAACUGGCCGGAACCUACUGCGCGAGCUUCUGAUCUUUAUCGCUGCUUGGGACCUUCCGGAUGAUGAGCUUUACUUUAAGAUGAUGGUCCAGAUCAUGGAGGCGGUUCUUCGUAAUGGGCUCAUGUCCCAUGCAUACUCUGAUUUCGGCCAGCCCAAAGACAUCAUCUCUCCAGCCCAGGCUGUGGUGAUCAAGAUCCUCACGCACAUCUUCCGUGCGAAGUACUCUCCCGCUUCGGUGUCGGGCUCUAUGCAAGGCAGUGUCCCGCGGACCCCCUCACCCCUUAGCCGCGUGGACAUCCUCACAGUGCGAUACAUUUUCACCAUCUUCCGAGGCAACAUCAUCCCAGAGACCUGUGCUCUGAUCUACCUCCAGGGUCAAAUCCGCGCCGAGCGUGCCUUGCCGGAGGACUUCCCGCUCAACCUUUGGGACAUGGAGCGCGUCUACGAGGGCGUGUAUCAAUUCCUUGAGUUCUUCGCCGUUCUUACAGAGAACAACGAUUGGAAAAACUUGCUGGUGAAGUGGGAGAUUGUCUAUGAUCUGGUCACCCUCAUCAAGGAGCUGGAAGCCAGCAUCCCCAAGGGCCAGUUGAGCUCCCUCUCCUUUGGCUCGGUGCCUCCCCCACCCCCUCCACCCCGCAGUACUUCUCCUAAUGACUAUUCCAAGCCUGCAUCGCCUACCCCGGUGGCCGUCGAGCGUCCGUAUGACCCCAGCGACCCAGCAGACCCACUUGACAGCCAUGCCGGCAGCGUCGACUCCCGCCCCGAGUCUCCUCCCAUCACUGAAGAUCCGUCCGAGUUCGAGUGGCGCAACCUCAAGAAGCUCGUCGUUUUGGUACUCUCCUCCCUGGUGUGGAAAUGCCCCGAGGUUCAAGAACAGAUUCGUCGCUAUGGCGGCGUGGAGGCUAUCUUGAUGUGCACCUCGUUCGACUCCAACAACCCCUACAUCAAGGAACAUGCUGUCAUGUGUCUCAAGUUCCUUCUGGAGGGUAACCGGGAGAACCAGCGUCUGGUCGAGGAGCUCGAGGCCCGUGAGGUGGUCAAGGAUGACGGCGGCGUGCUGGAGCGAAGCGGUUAUGAGGCUAUGAUUGACCAGGCAGGCAAGCUUGCUAUUCGGCCUAAAGAUGCUUCGGCAUAA